AUGGGCAAAAGCCAGCGGCAAAAGGAGCUGGCAAAGCUGCAAAAAAAUGGUAUAAUUAUACUCAGGAGUAUCACACUAGGCAGCAGGCCGGACAUCAACAUGCUGCAGAUGCACGAUUGGCCGAGGAAACAGGCGACAACCAAAUUCUUCGCCAUAAACAUCAAUCAUAUACCAUCAGAGGACCUAGUCGUCUGUCUACCUCAACAGCAUAUAUCAGCAGUGCACCCAUACCCUCUCAAGUCAAGUGAUUUCUUUUUUGAUUUCAAUGACAACGAGGACAUCGCAUACGUGAUCUACAACAAACAUGUGGCCGAAAUGACGACAGAGCCCAAAAAGCGCGGGCACACUGCUGCAGAUAAUCCUAUUGGGCUCUGGCUCAAGGAACGCGAAGCUUACCUCCUAGAACUUCUCCGGUUGGAAGGCCGUGGCGACUACAUGUUCACUGAAGUCUGUCUGGGCAGCAGUGAAUGCAAUGGUUGCCCUGAGUAUCGGUGUCGGGAUUGUUUUGGCACAGCUCUCUAUUGCAAGGACUGCACAGUUUCAAGGCACCGAGAAAGUCCGCUACACAGAAUCCAGGUAAUUAUGAAGCACUGGGAUGACGGGCAUUUUAAAUGCACUAGCCUGAAAGACCUCGGUCUCUGGAUACAACUCGGCCAUCCAGUUUGGGGGAGAUGUUGCAACCCAUCGCCAGUGUUUCACGACGAUUUUGUCGUUCUGGAUGUGAACGGUGUUCACCCGGUCGCUAUUGACUUCUGUGCCUGCGAAACUGCUCAGUCUUCUACCACCCAGCUUCUCUGUGCCCGUUGGUUCCCAGCGACAACUAUAGACCCCAGAACUUCCGCCACUUUCCGCCUACUUCACCAUUUUCACAUUCUCACUUUCAAAUCGAAGGCAUCUGCCUUUGAAGUCUGGCAGACGCUCUCCAGGCAUACGGAUAAUACGGGUCUCAGUGCUCCGAAGGUGUUGGUGCCACCCUGGAAGGAUCUUGCGCAGUCAUUUGUCCAGCAUGUCCUCAAGCCGGUAAAAACUUACCGCAGGGUUGGGAAGACGCCCCUCCAGAAGUUUGCACAGAAGAACGUGUCCUCGGACAGCGUUGACCCCAGUCUUAGCAAGGGGUGGGCAUAUUUUGUCGAGGAAGAUGGAUACAAAGCAUUCCUUCAGGAUGUUAGCAAGGAGCCGCAAGAGAAAAGCACUUGUGUAAGCCACAGCGCUGUCAAUCUAGCAGAAACCAAGAAUUCCCAUGGCCUCGCAGCAACAGGAGCCGGGACCGUUGACUGCGCACGUCACAACUUCAAAUGGCCAUGCACUGUUGGCGAUCUUCAGAAAGGAGAGAAAUAUAUUAACAUGGAUUUCUUAUUCUUCUCGACGAUGCAGCAUGCCAAGGACCUUGUUACCUUGAAUGUCUCAUACGACAUAGCCUGUCAAUGGAGCAAACAUCUGUGGGAAUGCAUGGCUCGGUACCCCAAUUGGAUGCAUGUCGAACAUGGCAGCAAAAUCACGACAUUUCUGGUUCCGAAGUUUCACUUGCCCGCUCAUAUUUUUUCAUGUCAAAUCACCUACUCACACAAUCUGGUUAAAGGCAUGGGCCGUACUGACGGUGAAGCUCCGGAGCACGGGUGGGCAAACAUUAACCCUGUUGCUACCUCCACACGCAAAAUGGGCCCAGGUUCUCGACGCAACACACUCAACAAUCAUUUUGGCAACUUCAACUGGAAGAAGGUGACCAAUCUUGGUACCAGUCUAUUACAAAAACUAAAGGCCGCUAUACCAGAACAUUACCAACAUCAGCGGGACUUCAACGAAUUCAACGAGACACUCAUUACUGAACGUCCAGAAGAGGUAGGAAGAUGGAAACAGGGAGUCGAGGAAUGGGAAGCAGACAUGUCAGCAACAAACCCUUUCAGCCCAACGACAGCAAACAUGACACAGGCAUCAGUCAGGUUGACCCUCUCUCAGGAAGAGAGUGAGGAGCUCGAGUGCGGCAUCAACAAUUCCCUCCACAAUGAAAUAUCGCCAGCCGUCCUUAUCUCAUCCGGCAUUGGCAUUGAAGACGAACAAGCUGCCCAAAGUACCAACACAUCAAUCAAGGAGAAGGCACAUCAAAUCAGGUUAUUCCUCCCUUCUCAGCUCAAGGAGCACGCACCAGAUGCUAUCUGUGACAAACGACUUUGCCGGUUCGAAUGGGAACUGCACUGUGCGCAAGCUUCGAUGCGUUGA